AUGCCUUCUUCUAAAACGAAUAUGGACACCAUUUUCACAGCGUUAGCCUUAGUUUUGGUUUUAUUUCAAAUCAGUCCUGCCUCUUCAUUUUGCUUGUCUGGAUGCUCGUGCACAGAUGACAGUUUUGGAAGGUCACUGCUAUGCAUGGGAACCUCCUUGGGACGAAUCCCACAAAACAUACCUGAGGAUUUCAUAAAAAUUCGCAUUGAGAAUUCUCACUUGACAGAAAUUCCUCCAGGAUCAUUUUCCAAAGUUAGUGCCUUAGAAUUCCUUUGGUUAAAUUUUAACGACAUUACCCUUAUGAACAUAAAGAGCUUAGAAGGCCUUCACAAUCUGACAGAACUGCGACUGCAAGGCAACAAACUGCGUUCAAUACCAUGGACUGCUUUUCAAGACACACCUAACCUCAAAAUUCUCGAUCUGAAACAUAACCGCCUAGAUGUCCUCCCGGAAUACGCUCUUAGAUACCUGCCUGGUCUGACCUACUUAGACUUAUCCUUCAAUCAGCUUACGGUCAUAUCCCGGGAUGUCUUCUUGAACUGGCCUCGCUACCACCCACAGAAACCUGGCAGAAAAGAAGACGGUACAGCCAAUGUUGUCCUUGCCUUGCACGACAACCACUGGCUUUGUGACUGUCGGCUCAAAGGUUUUGUUGAGUUCAUCAAAUCUGUUAGUCCACCAAUCAUCCUGAUGAAUUCCUACUUGACAUGCUCAGGGCCAAGCUCGAGAGCAGGGAAGUUCUUCCAUGAGGUUGAGCUGAAUGCUUGUAUGAGGCCAGAGGUCUCGACUCCUGAGUCCAACAUCACACUGUCUUUGGGAGCCAACACAACGCUGAAGUGCUUAGUGAAGUCUAGACCAGACCCUGUGGUGACAUGGAUGUAUAGCUUGAAGACUAUUAGAAAAUUCACUGUUUCCCAGAUGCAAGUGGAUGAAGACACCAUCAUUUCCCAGCUUGUGAUUCCUUCCCUGCACAUUGCAGACAGGGGCGUUUACACCUGCAUGGCCAACAACUUCAUCGGCAACUCCUCUGCCAGCAUCCAGGUCAACGUCAAAUCCCUGAACACCUCACUGCCCAUUUCCCAUGCCUUCCCGCUGGCAUCAGCCAACGAGAAUGUCUACAUCGACAUUCGUAUUGCAAAGCAGACUGUCUAUGGCAUAACUGUGGAAUGGUAUGCCGUGACGGAGAACCCUGCCGAGACAUGGUUCACCAUCCACUUUGGAAGAUAUGAUGCUCUGAGGAAAGAGAUGAUCUACAUCGGUCCAGGCAUCAACAGCUACUCAGUCAAUGACCUGCUGCCAGCCACCAAGUAUGAAGUGUGCGUCACACUGAAGAACCAAGUGCCACGGGAAGGCCAGUGUAUUGUGUUUGUGACCGGAAGUGACGUGAAUGAGCUGGAGCAGAGAGAGAGGCUCAUUCACAUCAUAGUUAUUGUCUGUGCCAUGGUAUUGGCAGUACCUGCUGGUAUGUAUGCUUGUACAACUGACACCAGGCUCAACUGCUUUGAACGCUGCACAGAAAUCUACAAGAGACGCAGACGCCAGGAGAAGCUCCCCAAGGCAGUGGAAAGGCAAGGAACCUUCGACAGCCUACAGGCUGCAAGUGACGAAGGUCUGUGCAGAGACUCUGGUGAAGACCAAAGAAUGAGAAGGAGAUCAGAAGACAAAACUCACAAGGGUAACAGUGCCCAGCUUUACUGA